AUGAAACGGAUUAAGAUAGAAAAAAAAGUCAAAAGAGGAAUGACAGUAGGCUGUGAAAUAAAAGCUUUCGAAAACUACAGAUUUGAGACUAAUGAAGUCGCUCAAACACUGUUGAAACGGGGAAAAAGAAUACCUAGAGAAAUAUGUACUGCUGUAUUUGAGAACAAGGAACUAUCAGCAAAUAAGAAAAAAGAUGUAAAUAAUUUACUCACUAAACAAUUUGUGAAAGAGUGGAUCAAUAUACAAGAAUUGGCUUGGUAUAAAGAUAUUAUUAACAGUUGCAGACCUGCCCCUGAUACAGACAUGGAAAAUCCAGAUGAAUCUUUGUGUAAUUGCCUUGAUGAUGAUGUAGGAGAAGUGCGUAUUUAG